GAAGAUCCUCAACCACAUAGGACAGCAUCUGAACGUGGUAAACCUGCUGGGGGCAUGCACCAAACCAGGAGGGCCUCUGAUGGUCAUUGUGGAGUACUGUCGACAUGGCAACCUCUCCACGUACUUGAAGACCAAGAGAGAGGUUUUUGUGUACACAAGGGUGGUUGCAAAAGGGGAGAGUGGAGUGGAGAGUAAUGUGACCGGCCUGUCCAGUACUCAGAUCAACAUCAUCUCCGGUUCUGAUGAGGAGAAGGAGAACAUGCAGGAAGAGGGUUCUCUUUCCCUCUACCCCUUGUUUCUAGAGGACCUGAUCUCUUUCAGUUUCCAAGUGGCAAGAGGCAUGGAGUUUCUUGCCUCUCGCAAGUGUAUCCACCGGGACCUGGCUGCCAGGAACAUCCUGCUGUCUGAGAAUAAGGUGGUGAAGAUCUGUGACUUCGGCCUGGCCAGAGAUCUCAACAAAGACCUGGACUACAUCCGCAAGGGAGACGCACGGCUGCCGCUGAAGUGGAUGUCACCAGAGUCCAUCUUUGACAAAGUGUUCACCAGCCAGAGUGACGUCUGGUCCUUUGGAGUUUUGCUGUGGGAGAUCUUCUCUCUGGGGGCCUCUCCAUACCCUGGGCUGCACAUUGAUGAAGACUUCUGCCACAGGCUGAAGGAAGGCAUACGCAUGCGUGCCCCUGAGUACAGCACUCCAGAGAUUUACAACACUAUGCUAUCCUGUUGGGAAGCCAACCCUUCGGACCGUCCCACUUUUACUGGGCUGGUGGAGACACUGGGAGACUUGCUACAGGCAAGGGUCCAGCAGGAGGGCAAGGACUACAUCCCUCUGGACACAUUAGAUUGUGGCGAGGCAGGCAAAGAAGGGAAGUCUUCUACCUCCACUACCCUGCCUCACAGAGUCAGCAGUCUGGGUCACAGGAACACAGAGGGGGGGGUGCUGCCUCAGACGUUUGAGGAACCACCCUGCAGGGAACCAUCUGGUCUUGAAAAUGAGCAGAGUGACAGUGGCAUGAUCCUUCCCUCGGAGGAGCUGAGAUGUGUCAGGUGGAGCAGCGGCACCAAGACCCGGAGCCUCAGCAGGUUCUUCACCAUCCAUAAGUGCCGCGAAAGCCUGUUGCCCUGCAUGUGUAACGACGGGAUGGGUCUCCAUGACGACGAGCCUCCCGUCCUCGCCUACGACUGUGACUCGGAGACGGACUGCUCCCCUCCCCCCGACUACAACUCCGCCUUCCUUUACCCCUCGUUCUAAAGACCCUAACGCCCCUCUGACCCCAGCGUCCUAGCACAGCAACAGCUGUCGCCUCACCAUUGGAGCUGUAGUACAGUCGUAGUCUACCUCAGCCCCCUCAUCUCCUCACGGUUUUUCAUCUCUGAGUCGAUAAGGCUUCACAGGGCCUGGGGCGGACCAUCCUCUUUCAUCAUCAAAACCAUAACUGACUCUGCCCACUCCCUUCAACAUUUCUUCCCCGCUGCAUCUUCUCACCAUCUGUUCUAACCCCCUGUCAGUUGGCCACCUUUCCUCUUUCUCUCUUUUUCUCUCUACCUCUUUAAACACCCCAGACCUUUCACCGCUCCUCUCCUCUAUCCAUCCCCAUCACUACCAUCACUACCCAUGAUGCAACACUUUCCAUUCAAACUGCAAAUCCUCCACCCUCCCCUAGCGGUUUAUCACGAAUGCUGUAGUACAACAUAGCUUCCUCAACAAGGCUCCAUUCCUUAUUCCACUCAAACCCUCAGCCUGACUGACGGUUUGCACUUUAUACAUAGAGGUUAGAACACAAAGAAAAUCCGUAAGAUUAUGACAUCAAAGCGUGUUGAAAAGGUCGACUAGCUGGAGUAUAGUGUGUGUACUGUCUUCAACCAGUUUCAGGAGGUGUGACAGACAGGUAUCCACACACUUCUGGCAAUAUAAUGCAGAUGCAGUAGACCUGUGACCUCUGAACAGGAGUUUAUGCUUAACAGAGACGGAGUACCAAGCCUUCUAAGAGCAGCUAAAUAAGCGACAGUAUUAAUCUCACUUCUCACACGUCAGCAAGAAGCCUUUUACACUUGCGAACAUCCUCAUAGCUAACAUCUAUAUUGGUACCUAGCUAGUACACCGUUUUAAGAAGAGGAACAUCUAGUCAAAAUAGAACAGAGCCGAAAAGGUUCGCACUCACUUGUAUGCUGGAAGAUAUUAUGUGUAGAGUAACAUAUUAGACUAUUUUCUAUUUAUUUUCAUUUAUAUAACAGUACCAACGUGUUGCAGCUGUGGUGAAGAUCCACCUGACUGUGUCCUGGGCCUGUCUACAACAUGAACUGUGGGACACACACCAGCCAGAGUCUGGAACGCUGCCAACACCUUGUUUAUUUUGCACUGUAUGUAUCCAACACCUUUAAAAUGCUUCAAAUAAAAAAACGAGCACUCAA